AAUAUUACAGUGGUUGGGGUUUGAUCUGUAAUGGAGAGAGGAGUCAAAGUCAGAAGGGGCGCGUGGAUCCCACGACACCACCCAUACGGCCGCGACGCAUGCUGUCGAAAACCCAUCUUUUUCUUCUUCUUCCUCUUUCUUUAUCUCUCUCUCUCUCUGUGUCUACUCACCUAACCCUAACCCACUUCAUACUUAGCUUCCCGAACAGCCCCCAGUCAUAAAAUCACCUCUCACUUUUUGCAGAUCAUUUCUUGUCUUCCUCCUCCCUCAGAUGCAUCACGCCGACGACGACGACGAGAGCUUCGCUGAUUUGUUGGAUCGAAGGUUUAGGGAUCGGAUGAUUAGGUCUACUGCUUCUGCUCAUCUAUUCUUGCUCAGAGAUGUCUCCUCCUCCUGUUUGUGUUGUUUGCUUUGUGGUUAAGUUUAGUUCUUCGUCUUCUUCCUCUUCUGUGAUUUUCUUAAUUGAAUUUUCAAGUUUAACCUAAUUUGAAGAAAUCAAUCACGGAGAAGAAGGAAAAUCCUGAAUUGAUUGGGGAUUUGGAGUUGAAUCUCUUCGAUUUGGUUGCAUUAUUUGAUUCGGAAAUCGAUCGGAGGAGUUAAUUAGAUACAUAUAUACAUAUAUAUAUAUAUAUGGAUCAGCUAGCUCAGGGCCGUCCAUUACCGCCGCCGUUCCACGCCGCCGCCAGAGAUCUUCAGCUCCACCACCAAUUCGCGGCGGUGCAUCGCCAGUACGAAGACGAGCAAAGCGGAAACACGAAUCCGAAGCAAGAUCGGGGCGGCGCCGGGAUUCCGGAGGCGGCGGAGGAGGGUGGGUCCAUCACGCGGCGGCCGAGGGGGCGCCCCGCCGGGUCGAAGAACAAGCCGAAGCCGCCGAUAAUAAUCACGAGGGACAGCGCGAACGCGCUCAGAUCUCACGUGAUGGAAGUCGCCGACGGCGGCGACAUCCACGACGGCGUAUCGGCGUUCGCGGCGCGGCGGCAGAGAGGGGUCUGCGUGCUGAGCGCGAACGGGGCCGUUUCGAACGUCACAAUCCGGCAGCCGUCGGCGCCCGGCGCCGUCGUGACCCUACACGGCAGAUUCGAAAUCAUGUCGCUGUCGGGGUCGUUUCUUCCGCCGCCGGCUCCGCCGUCGGCGUCGGCUCUUACCAUAUACUUAUCCGGCGGGCAAGGGCAGGUGAUGGGCGGGACGGUGGUCGGACCGCUUCUGGCGUCCGGACCGGUGGUGAUAAUGGCGGCGUCGUUCGGCAAUGCGGUUUACGAGCGCCUGCCGCUGGAGGAGGAAGAUUCCGGCGGCGGCGGAGCGCAGCAGGUAAUUAGUGAUCCAAAUUUUGAGGAGAUGCCGCCGGAAAAUAUGAUGAAUUCAUUGCAGGCUGAAAUUCAGAAUUGGGGCAGUGGUCGUCCUCAUCAAUUUUGAUUCUUAAUAAGAAAUCAGAAUUGAAUUGACUGAGGAUGGGAGAAAGCUUUUUCAGGUGAUUUAAAUUUCUGAUGAUGAUGAUGAUGAUGAUGAUGAUGAGCGAUUUUUAUUUUUAUUUUUAUUAUUAUUAUUAGUAUAAUAUUAUUACUAAGAACGGGGAUGCUUCUUUGGAAAACUUUAUGUAUAAUAAUAAUAAUAAUAAUAUUAUUAUUAGAUAUAUAUACUAAGCUAGUAGAAUUUACUGAUGACACACACAGAGUGAGGUUAUGGUGAUAACUUUUAUAUAUGAUUGGGAGUGGUUUUAAUUAAUUAAUUAAUUAAAUUGAGUAGUUUAUAGUUAGAGAAUAUAUCUUUAUAAUAAGUUUGUUAGCAUUUGGGAUUGGAUGAUCGAUGAGAAAUCAAGUACUGAAGCUGAACCAUCCUUUCGUCUCUUCUCCUCGUCUCCUCUAUCAUUAAUUAUUAUUAUAUAUAUAUAUAUAUUGUAGAUGUAGAUGUAGAUGGAAGAUAGAGUAGUAGUAGUAGUAGUAGAUGGAUUCAAUAAUAUAUAUAUAUAUAUAUAUAUGCUGCGCAGGUUAAUUAGGUUGUGACGAAAUUAAUUACAAGGGGUUUCUUUUUUGCUUGGUUCAUGUUCAUCAUACGUGCACACCAAUAUUUCUUUCUGACAUGAAAUAAAUAAAUAACUCCCAGAAAUGGGUUAUAUAUAUAAAUAUAUAUAUUUAUAUUAUAUGUAUAUAUGAUUGAGCUGAGUUGAGUUGAGUUGAGUUGAGUUGUAUGUAUGAUAUAUAUCAUCAGUGUUAGUUAUCUAUGAAGAAAGUAGUCCUCCCCUACUUGUGGCACCUUCCAGCAGCUUCUUUGCUUUUUGUCCCACUGCAUAUGAUAUCAUAUGUGUGUCUGUACGUACAUAUGAGAGGGGGUUGAUUGAUACAAAUGAAAUGGAAUUGGAUUCAAUGAACCAGCACUGUACUGGCAACAGGCAGUGGAGACUAGCGAGCGAGUGAGUCCCUUCAUAUAAAUUGAUAAUUGAAUUCAGUUAUUUUUUCACGUCUAAUCCAACAGUACCUUGCCGCCUCUUCUUCUUCCUCUAAAUUUCUGCAUAUAUAUAUAUAUAUAUAUAUGUAUAUUGUCUAUCUUUACAUGUCCCACGUCGGAAGUCGAUAAAAAGGUAGAGAUAUUGGCUCCUAUAUAUUGACCUAUUUGGGUCCUAUUUUAAAAUAUGACAACAAAUUUUUUUUUUUUGAGUAACUAGAGAUAGUGAAAUUGAAAUUAAUGAGUUGUUGUGAAGAGGGUUUUGCAAUUUUAUCCGUGCAAAAAUUGUAAUAAAUAUUUUAGUGAAAUAUCCCGUUUUGGGAUCGUGGAUGUAAGUCUGUUGCGAAACCAAACUACGUUAAAUUCUGGUGUCUUGUUAUUUUGUUUUUUUCUCUGCACGCCAGCAGUCAGGUUGCAGUUCCGCUGCGGGUUCCGCUCUUUGAUGGAAAGAGUAAUUUUACUAUGUGGCAAAGCAGAAUUCAAGACUAUUUGGUGCAGCAAGGUCUUGAUGUUACCUUGGAAGAUGCAAAGCCUGAAGGUAUGAAAGAAGGUAAUUGGAGUACAAUUCGGGAAAAGGCUGUUAGCACGAUUCGAUUGGCACGCACCUCGCAGAUAAAGGUUACCGUGUUGACGAAAAUAUUGCCGAAGAGGUUGUGGAAUAUUUUGGAGAGUAAAUUUUCCACGAAGACGUUGACUAACCGUCUGACUAUGAAGAUGGAUCUAUACUCUUUGAAGAUGGAGUAAUGAGUCAAUAGAAUUGACCAUACUAACAAGUUUAAUGAGUUAGUAUGUCGACUGUUGAAUGCAAGAGAGAAAAUUAAAGAGGAAGAGCAAGCAUAUUGCUCUUGUUAGCUUCAUUGCCCAAAUCCUACAAGCCGUUGGUGCAAUCAAUGUUAGUUGAAAUAACUACAUUGAAAUUGAAUGAGACGAUAAUGGUUUUGAAGAAGAAUGACAAGAUAAUGGGAAAUGAAGAUGCUUCAAAAGAGAGUCAACUACUAGCUGUGGGGAGUUCUGAAAGAUGGAGGAAAAUGAAGAGUGACCGUGGUGGAAGAUCGGAAUCUCGGCCGAAAGAUUACAGCUCUAUUAAGUGUCAUUAUUGUGGAGAGUUUGGUCACAUUUAAAAUCACUGUCGACUUUUUAAAGAAUCUUGAGAAGUCUGAGAAAUUUGAAGGGUAAGUCGAAAGUUGAGAACUCCGCGAACGUGGUCAAUUAUGAAGAAAGGGAGAUUUUUGCUAUAUCAAUAUGGGGAAUAAGAUGAAGCAGCGAAUUGAAGGCAUUAGAAGAGUUCGUUUGAAGCUCCAUAAUGGUAAUAUUAAAACAAUUUUUAAUUUGAGGUAUGUGUCUACUGUUGGAGCUAAUGUUAUUUCAUUGGGCGAGUUGGCUUCACAUGUGCAUAGAUAUGUUGACACUAAAAAUCUAUACAAAGUGUACAAGGUGACAGCUUGAUUAUACAAGGGAGGAAAAACCAAAACAACAUCUAUUAUCUAGAUAAAUACGCCUUGCGAGCAAAUGUGGAGAACAACAAUGAUAUGAAGAAUCAAACAAUCGAGAAGAGAGUUCGUUUCCCUUACAUGGUCGAAAUAUGUGAGAUUAUGGGAAGAAGGAGGAUUUGUUGUGUAACUUCCCAUGUCCCACAUCGGAAGUAGAUAAAAAGGCAGGGGCAUUGACUCAUAUAUAUUGACCCAUUUGAGUCCUAUUUUAAAAUAUGACAACAAGUCUUUUGAUUUAGUAACUAGAGAUGGUGAAAUUAAGAUUGGUGAAUUAUUGUGAGGAGGGUUUUGCAAUUUUAUCCGUGCAAAAAUUGUAAUAAAUAUUUUAAUAGAUUAUCCCAUUGUGAAAUCAUGGAUGUAGGUCUAUUGUGAGAUCGAACCACGUUAAAUUCUCUCUUGUGUCUUGUUAUUUUAUUUUUCUUUCUUUUCCCUUACGUGUUCCCAACAAUAUAUAUGUGUACAUAUGUUUGUAUGUAUCUAUCUAUGUCUUUUUUGCUUUUGUUCAUCGAUAUAUAUACAUAUAUCUAUAGAGAGAGAGAGUUGUAUGGAAGAGAAAGUGCGCAGUGGGAGUGGGAUCCUCCAUUUGAAUCCAAGCGGCUAGGUUUUCUGCUUCAUCAUUAUUACAUCAUAUAUAUAUAUAUAUAUGAGUGAUG